GGAAAAACAAAGUAGGUUUUGAUGUUUUGUGUGGCAUCAACUGAAAUAGAAGCCAGCAUGAAUAUAACAAAGGGUGGGCUGGUGCUGUUUUCAGCUAAUUCCAAUUCAUCAUGCACGGAACUAUCAAGGAGAAUUGCUGAACGGUUGGGGGUAGAGAUGGGCAAAGUUCAGGUUUAUCAGGAGCCAAACAGAGAAACAAGGGUGCAGAUUCAAGAGUCUGUGAGAGGAAAAGAUGUCUUUAUCAUCCAAACAGUUUCAAAGGAUGUGAAUACUACGAUCAUGGAACUCCUGAUCAUGGUGUAUGCUUGUAAAACCUCCUGUGCCAAAAGCAUUAUUGGAGUGAUUCCCUACUUCCCAUACAGCAAGCAGUGCAAGAUGAGGAAAAGGGGCUCCAUUGUCUCUAAAUUACUGGCUUCGAUGAUGUGCAAAGCUGGUCUAACUCACCUUAUUACAAUGGAUUUACAUCAGAAGGAAAUACAGGGGUUCUUUAAUAUUCCAGUUGAUAAUCUGAGAGCGUCUCCAUUCUUGCUUCAGUACAUUCAAGAAGAGAUCCCAGAUUACAGGAAUGCUGUGAUUGUGGCCAAGUCACCUGCAUCUGCAAAGAGGGCACAGUCAUUUGCUGAGCGCCUGAGGCUAGGAAUUGCUGUGAUUCAUGGGGAAGCUCAAGAUGCUGAAUCUGACCUGGUGGAUGGUCGACAUUCACCUCCUACAGCCAAAAGUGUAGCUGCUAUUCAUCCCAGUUUGGAGAUACCGAUGCUGAUUCCAAAGGAAAAACCACCCAUCACAGUUGUUGGAGAUGUAGGAGGAAGAAUAGCCAUCAUUGUGGAUGACAUUAUAGAUGAUGUUGACAGCUUCCUCGCUGCAGCAGAAACGCUCAAGGAAAGGGGAGCAUACAAGAUUUUUGUAAUGGCGACCCACGGCCUGCUGUCUUCAGAUGCUCCCAGGUUGAUAGAAGAGUCUGCUAUUGAUGAAGUUGUUGUAACCAACACUAUUCCACAUGAAAUACAAAAACUCCAGUGUCCCAAAAUUAAGACCGUGGAUAUCAGUAUGAUCCUCUCAGAAGCCAUUCGCAGAAUUCAUAACGGGGAGUCCAUGUCUUACCUUUUCAGAAAUAUAGGACUAGAUGAUUAAUCUUUUAUUUUUAUUUUAAAGAAAUACCAAGGGCCAAACUGGAAUUGUAUAGAAAACAAGCUGUGAAGCAUCAUGCUUACCUUAAUAUUUCAAUUGAGUCAUUUCUGUUUUGUUGUUUUUCUUGGUUUAAAUUUGAAGUUAGACCAGAUUUCAAGAGCUAUUUUUCUUUGCAGUUUUUGAAAAAGAUCCAAAAGUUUUCCAAAAAG